AUGUUACUAAAAGGAGACCUCACAAAGAAAGAUUUUCUCAACAGAGUGAAAAAGAAUGUGAAGAAAUUGGAGGAGGAGAAGGUGUUAAGCAUUCAUCAAGAAGAAAACUCUUCUCCUAGUUAUGAGUUGUUACAUGAUCCAACUCCAAACCACCAUUGGGACAAGCUAGCUCAAGGUAGAAGACUAGUAGAAAUGCUCUACAAUGGUCAUGGAAUGAAAGUCCUAGAGAUGCUAAAUAAGUGGAGUGUCACGUCUUCUCUUGGGUCGCUUGUACGAGAAGCAAGAAAUGUCUCCAUGAGUUCAACAUAA